AUGAGUAUGACUCUUGGAAAAAAAAGAUUAAGAGAAUAUGGUAAUAAUAAUAAAUUACCACAAAUUAAUCCUAGAACACAGUGCAAUCUUAAAAAAUUAAGAUUAGAACGAUUAAAAGAUAUCUUAUUAAUUCAAAGAGAUUUUAUUGAAAACCAAGAACAAAUAAAACCAAAAGAAGAAUUAGAAAAGGAUUCAAGACAAAAAGUUGAAGAACUUAGAGGAAGUCCAUUAGAAGUUAGUAAAUUACAUGAAAUGAUUGAUGACCAUCAUGCUAUUAUUUCUAGUGGAAAUACAAUGCAAUAUUAUGUUCCAGUUCUUUCUAUAGUAGAUAGAGAAUUAUUAGAACCAGGAGUACAAGUUCUUACUCAUAACCAUAAUAAAGCUAUUGUUGGAGUAUUACAAAAUGAUGAGGACCCUCAUGUUUCUGUAAUGAAAGUAGACAAAGCACCAUUAGAAAGUUAUGCAGAUGUUGGUGGUUUAGAAAAACAAAUUCAAGAAAUUAAGGAAGCUGUUGAACUUCCAUUAAGUCAUCCAGAGUUAUAUGAAGAAAUUGGCAUUAAACCACCAAAAGGAGUAAUUCUUUAUGGACCUCCAGGAACAGGAAAAACUUUAUUGGCUAAAGCUGUUGCAAAUGAAACAUCAGCAACAUUUUUACGUAUUGUUGGAUCUGAAUUAAUUCAAAAAUAUCUUGGAGAUGGACCUAAAUUAGUAAGAGAAUUGUUCCAAGCAGCCAAAGACAGUGCCCCUUCUAUUGUUUUUAUUGAUGAAAUUGAUGCUGUUGGUACUAAACGUUAUGACGCACAUUCAGGAGGAGAAAAAGAAAUUCAAAGAACAAUGUUAGAACUCUUAAAUCAACUUGAUGGAUUUGAUACUCGAGGAGAAGUAAAAGUUAUUAUUGCUACAAAUAGAAUUGAGUCAUUAGAUUCAGCACUUAUCAGACCAGGAAGAAUUGAUAGAAAGAUUGAAUUCCCAUUACCAGAUAUCAAAACCAAAAGAAAAAUUUUUGAGAUUCAUACAUCUAAAAUGACAUUAGAAGAAGGUGUUGAUAUGGAAGAAUUUGUUAUGUCAAAGGAUGAUUUAUCUGGAGCUGAUAUCAAAGCUAUUUGUACUGAAGCAGGUUUAUUAGCACUAAGAGAAAGAAGAAUGAAAGUUAAUCAAGAAGACUUUAAGAAAGCAAAAGAAAAGGUCAUGUAUAGAAAGAAAGAAGGAGUUCCAGAUGGAUUAUAUCUUUAA